GCAGCCCGGAGCCCCAUGGUGCGCGGCGGCGGCCAGGCCGUAGGAGGACCCCGAGGCCCCGGCCGCCCCGGCUGACCGCGCGGACCCGAGCGGCCCGGAGCCGCCGCCGCCGCCGCCGCCCGUCGGGCCCCGCCGGGGCGCGGGCUGGCCCGCCAUGGGGUCUCUGUUCCGGAGCGAGGCCAUGUGCCUGGCGCAGCUGUUUCUGCAGUCCGGCACGGCCUACGAGUGCCUCAGCGCCCUGGGCGAGAAGGGCCUGGUCCAGUUCAGAGACCUCAACCAGAAUGUAAGUUCCUUCCAAAGAAAAUUUGUUGGUGAGGUGAAGAGGUGUGAAGAACUAGAACGAAUAUUAGCAUAUUUGGUGCAGGAAAUUAAUAGAGCUGACAUUCCCCUCCCUGAGGGAGAGACCAGUCCUCCUGCACCACCUCUUAAACAAGUCCUGGAAAUGCAGGAGCAGCUGCAGAAGCUCGAGGUGGAGCUGAGAGAAGUCACCAAGAACAAGGAGAAACUGAGGAAAAACUUGCUUGAGCUGAUCGAGUACACUCACAUGCUGAGAGUGACAAAAACCUUCCUGAAACGGAACGUGGAGUUUGAACCCACUUAUGAAGAAUUCCCUCCCUUAGAGAAUGAUUCCUUGUUGGACUACAGCUGUAUGCAGAGGCUGGGAGCAAAACUGGGAUUUGUAUCUGGCCUAAUUAACCAAGGAAAAGUUGAAGCAUUUGAGAAAAUGCUGUGGAGGGUCUGCAAAGGGUACACCAUUGUGACCUAUGCAGAACUGGAUGAGCCCCUUGAGGACCCUGAAACAGGAGAAGUCAUAAAAUGGUAUGUGUUUUUAAUAUCCUUUUGGGGAGAGCAGAUCGGCCACAAGGUUAAGAAGAUAUGUGAUUGUUACCACUGCCAUGUUUACCCCUACCCAAAUACUGCUGAGGAACGAAAGGAAAUCCAGGAGGGGCUCAAUACCCGAAUUCAAGAUCUUUACACUGUGCUUCACAAGACCGAGGAUUAUUUAAGGCAAGUGCUGUGUAAAGCCGCUGAGUCUGUCUAUAGCCAUGUCAUCCAGGUGAAGAAGAUGAAAGCCAUUUACCACAUGCUGAACAUGUGCAGCUUCGAUGUGACCAACAAGUGCCUCAUCGCUGAAGUCUGGUGUCCCGAAGCUGACCUGCACGAGCUACGCCGGGCGCUCGAGGAGGGGUCGAGAGAGAGCGGUGCUACGAUACCCUCAUUUAUGAACACAAUCCCAACAAAAGAAACACCCCCAACUCUAAUCCGCACCAACAAGUUCACCGAGGGGUUUCAGAACAUUGUGGAUGCCUACGGAGUUGGGAGCUACAGGGAAGUGAACCCAGCUCUCUUCACCAUCAUCACUUUCCCCUUUUUGUUUGCUGUGAUGUUUGGAGACUUCGGCCAUGGCUUUGUGAUGUUCUUAUUUGCCCUCUUGCUCGUGAUAAAUGAAAACCAUCCCAGACUAAAUCAGUCACAAGAGAUCAUGCGAAUGUUUUUCAAUGGCCGAUACAUCCUCCUGCUGAUGGGGCUGUUCUCUGUGUACACGGGCCUCAUCUACAACGACUGCUUUUCCAAAUCUGUGAACCUGUUUGGCUCUGGGUGGAAUGUGUCUGCCAUGUACAGUUCCAGCCAUGCCCUAGCUGAGCACAGGAACAUGGUGCUCUGGAAUGACACCAUUGUCAGGCGCAGCAGAGUGUUGCAGUUAGACCCCAGUGUUCCCGGAGUGUUCCAGGGUCCUUAUCCUCUAGGCAUCGAUCCUAUUUGGAACCUGGCCACAAAUCGUCUCACUUUUCUAAACUCUUUUAAAAUGAAAAUGUCUGUGAUUUUAGGAAUUAUUCACAUGACUUUUGGAGUCAUUCUGGGAAUAUUUAACCACCUGCAUUUCCGGAAGAAGUUCAAUAUUUAUUUGGUUUCCGUCCCAGAACUUCUCUUCAUGCUGUGCAUCUUUGGAUACCUUAUAUUUAUGAUUGUCUAUAAGUGGCUGGUUUAUUCAGCAGAAACCUCCCGAGUUGCUCCCAGCAUUCUGAUUGAAUUUAUUAACAUGUUUUUAUUUCCGGCUAGUGAAACAAAUGGUCUUUACUCAGGGCAGGAGCAUGUCCAGAGAUUGCUGCUGGUCGUCACAGCUUUGUCUGUGCCUGUUCUCUUCCUGGGAAAACCGCUCUUCUUGUUGUGGCUGCACAAUGGGCGCAGUUGCUUCGGAGUAAGCAGGAGUGGUUACACGCUUAUAAGGAAAGAUAGUGAAGAAGAAGUUUCUCUGCUGGGAAGCCAAGACAUAGAAGAGGGAAAUAACCAAGUAGAAGAUGGAUGUAGAGAAAUGACAUGUGAAGAGUUUAAUUUUGGAGAAAUAUUAAUGACCCAAGUGAUUCAUUCCAUCGAGUACUGUCUGGGAUGCAUCUCCAACACCGCCUCGUAUCUGAGGCUCUGGGCUCUCAGUUUGGCUCACGCACAGUUGUCUGAUGUCCUGUGGACCAUGCUGGUGCGUGUGGGCCUCCGAGUAGACACCACUUAUGGAGUCUUGUUGCUGCUGCCAGUUAUUGCUCUGUUUGCAGUUCUGACAAUUUUCAUCCUUUUGAUCAUGGAAGGCCUUUCCGCAUUUCUUCACGCCAUACGCCUCCACUGGGUAGAAUUUCAGAACAAGUUCUAUGUUGGUGCAGGCACCAAAUUUGUUCCUUUCUCAUUCAGACUACUCUCGUCCAAGUUCGUUGACGACAUGGCAUGAUCGCAUUGCUGUAUCUGACAAGCUGUCAAAUUUAUGGAGAAUUAUCAUGUUACAGAAUUUCACUUACGUCAGAUUUACAAUAGGAAAAAUUCCGUCUUCAUUGAUUGCCUUAUGAUAUAGCCAAAUAAUUCUGUAAGAUAUACCUCUUCCACAUGUUAAAUAUUUUGUAAAGUUUAUCAAUUUCAGAUAUAUAAAUUUCUUUCAGUUUUUAUGAUGAGCAAAUAGAUGUUAAUGCCAAAAGUUAUGUUAAAGUUAUUUUUAAAAAUAGAGGCUUGGGGGAGAGAAGCGGUUUUGAAUGGUCUUAGAUAUUCAGUUCCUUUUCACCUUAUUAAAACAACAAAGAGGUAGUCUGUCGCUUGACGUUGUCAGAUAAUAUUUUCCAACUGCUGAAGUUAAGUAUAGUUUUUUUAAAAAAAUUUAAUGACGGAUAAUCAAAAAGAUUCACAUUCUGCUUGAUUAAAAGUAUGUAAACUUUUUUAUUGUAUGCUAUCUAGAACUGCAAGUAAGGGAUUGUUUCUACAAUUUUGUCUUGUUUUAAUAAUUGGGGAAAAUGGGAUGAAAUAACGUACAACAGAUGGUUAUCCCACUUGUAUAUUUUUAAAACUGUUCUUAUCCUGUUAUCCUUAUGUAAAACCGAUUAUGAUAAUUGUAUGUUUGAGAGGUAAACUGUAUACUGAGCCUUAAAACCCAAUAUGACUGGAGAAGAUACAAUAUGGAUGUGAUUUGAACUUAGAGACCAGCUUGGCUAAUGUAACUGAACCAGAAGGGGUUUAUACCGAGUGAAAGGAAGAUAAAAAGUAGUAUUUUGUGUAUUUUUAUAACAAAAUAUAAAUUGAGUAUUUUACCCUAAAGAGAUUGCAGCUGUCCUUGAGAACAGUAUAAUUUUUUACUUUCAGACUAAUUCUAAAUAAAGGUCUCAUAAAGGUAUUUAGAGUUAAUUUAAACUUUCAAACACUGGAUCAAUUGAAAAUUAAUUCUUAGAAUCUUUAGUUUAAAUCCAUCUAUUCACUUGAAAUGUAGUUUUGAAUAAAUGUCGGUCCGUCCUAGGGAAUAUUUUAAUCUGUGCAGACAGUCCUUGACUUCAAUGGUUUAGUUUAAUGAAUUUUGAAUUAAUGAUGGUGUGAAAGCGAUACUGCAUUCAGUAGAAACUGUAGUUGGAAUUUUGAAUUUGACUUGUCCCGGGCUCGCGAUCUGUGGCCCCAUCCUCUCCCCUGAUGCUGGGCAGUGGCCGCAGCACUCCCAUCAGCCACAUGGUCACGAGGGUCACUGACCACCACCUGCACCCAACACUUCAUUAUAAAAUAGGCUUUGUGGUAGAGCUCACGUUGGUGCUCUGAGCACGAUUAAGGUGGGCCAGGCUAAGCUGUGUUGUCCCAUAGGUCAGGUGUGGUAAAUGCAUUUUCAACUUCGAAUAUUUUUAACUUAUGAUGAGACCCCAUCGUAAGUCGAGGAAGAUCUAUUGUCUUGUAAAUUAUGUUCAUUUUUCAUAUUUUACUGUAACUGUAGAUAAUUAUUUUCAAAAAGAAAUCUGCUGUGUUCUCACUUUCUUAACAUUUUGAGAAACUUCCAAAAA